AUGUAUAAAAGACAUGGCGUCUGGCCUAGGUUGGAAGACUUGGCUAAAGUAGAACUUAAUAGUUGUGACAGAGCUCUUGGGGGAGCGGUUACCCCAGUCCUGGGCUGAGACCCUAGACUCCUCCUCCGAGAACUGGGGCCCAACCUGCUGAGCCAGGCCGCCCACUCCUAGUACCUGGAUCCUGACCUGUGACUCCAGUCUCCGCCUCGACCACAUCCAGUCCACCGCCUGGCGGCCUCGCCCGCCCUCCGAGCACCCAAUACCCAGCCUGACCGUCAGGCUGUGCAGGGCGCCCCAGAAGUCAUGGAGGUCCUGGUCCUGGCCAGAUACCGUGCGCAGACGGAGGACGAGCUGAGUCUGGCUCCCGGGGACGUGAUCCGGCAGGUGUGCGCCGGGCCCGCUCGGGGCUGGCUGCUUGGGGAGCUGCGGGGCCGCCGGGGUCUCUUCCCCAAGCGCCUGGUGCAGGAGAUUCCCGAGGCCCUGUGGGGCGUCACCGAGUCCAGACCGCGCUUUCCCCGUCGUCGCGGUGAGUCGGGAGCUGGGCUGGGGGCUCACUGCCCGCGUGGAGCGUGACGGCUGUGGGUGGGGCACCAGGGCUAUUU